AUGGACUACACAGCCCCUCACCAGCCACCUAUCGGGGGGUACUCGACCAGCGCCAUCUCACCAGCAACAUACAAUCCCACCCCCUAUCCCCAUCCUCCUCCUCCUCAUCCUCCUCCUCCUCCUCCCUCCCGUCCCCGCCCCAACUACAUCUACAAAAUCCACUACCGCGUCUCCUGCUCCCAGACCGGUGCCCGUUACCACCUCAUCCGCACCGGUCCCAGCUACCUGAUCACCCUACAACAAGCAAAGUCCCAUGUGAAGCAAUGCCACGCAAGCUGGUUCGAAAACUGGUGGAACGAAUGUCUUGAAUGGGCCGCCACGCACCAAUUCAAGCGGCACUCGCGACGGUAG